GAUAAGAGUUGUAGGUUAUAAAUCAUUUUCAUACCUAUAGCUUACUGUGAACUAGUAAAAUAUGGCAUGCAUUUCCAGUUCAGCCGUGCGCAUGCACGCAGAUGUUAUUGUCGAACGGAAGGGGGAUGGAAGCCCAAGCUGGGGAUUUUGCAGGGGAGGUGCAGAGGUUCGUAGUCUUAAACUGAAAUGCAGCAGGACAGAGACAUUUUUAGUGUAGUUUUUGUUGUUGUUGUCGAUACUUCUAAGCAAAACACGACUGAACGAAUUUUCGACCGAUCGUCAUCAUUGAUUUGUCUUGAAGCUUGUCAACUGACAAAAUGAGUUGCUGAAAACAAACGAUAAAGCACAGUAAACCCGCUUCCGAUUAAGCUUUACCACCAAAGGCUGGCUUGGCUGGCGUCUCGGGCCCCGCGCUUUGCCACAGACACCGAAGCGCGCGCACCACAUCUAACGGAGCUACGCGCCUGGUCUGUGCUGGCGGGAAGCAUGCUGGUGCUCGCCUUCACCUGUCGCGUGCUGCUCAUCGUCUUGCUCUCUGAGUCCAUUGAAACGGAGAAAUCACCGCCGUUCCUGAUCACGGAGAACAUGUGGCCGCGGGGCUGUGUGCUGGACUGCCACCGGGGGCAGCACCGGACCGUGUGUGGAAGCAACGGACGCCUCUACAAGUCCCUGUGUGCCUUCCAGAGAGCCCGGUGCAUUAACACCCAGCUACGCAGAGCGCCGCCCUCACGCUGUGCCGAUACGACCCGGUUGAAGUGCCAGCUGGCUCAUAGCCAGGCCUUGGAGUCCAGUGUCCACAGCCACACCGCUGCCAUCUUUGUCCCGGAAUGCAGUCCAGAUGGGAGUUUCCUCCAGGUGCAGUGUCACAACCAGACCGGGUACUGCUGGUGCUCCACGCCGGAUGGAAAGCCUAUCAGCGGAACCACUGUCCUGAACGUCAGGCCUGACUGCGCAGGUGAGGGGGUUUCCUCUCGGCCUACCACUGACCCUAGCAAGCCCCAGUAUGCAGUAGGAGUCACUGCUCCUCCAUUCUGGGUGACAAUCCUGCUGAACUCUGACCCAAAAGGGAAUCGUUCUGUAAAACGCCCAACAGUAGACAGUUCUCUGACGUGUGAGCGGGAGAGGGCAGCGUUGAUGCCUGAGGAGCAUCACACGUGGAAGGAGGAGCGCUUUAUCCCAGAAUGCAGUGCAGACGGGCGCUACAGUCCCAUCCAGUGUCAUGUGGCCACAGGGUACUGUUGGUGUGUCCGGGUGGACACCGGGCGGCCCUUACCAGGCACCUCUGUCAGGAACCAGAUGCCCGACUGCAGUCCGGAGAAGCACCACAACAACCCGCCUGACAGGAGCUACAGAGAAAGACCUCUAGCAGGAUGCCCUGGGGCUCGGAAGGAGGAGUUCUUGCAUAGUCUGGUAAUGGCACUCCAACAGGAGACUGAGACAUCUGGUAUAAUUAACCCUCACAGGGCGUCGGACGUCCCCAUUUCUGGCACCAAAUUCCCUCCCACCUCACCCUCGGCGCCCCCCGUGGGGGUUGAGGAAUGGGACGUGUCAGCCCCUGGCAGGGCGGCGGCUGUGUUAGGCUGGCUCUUCUGGCAGCUGGACGCGGAUGGCAGCGGGGUGCUGAGCGAGCGCGAGGCCCGGCCCCUUCGCGUCUACCUGCGCCGGAGGCUGAAGCCGCGGCGCUGCGCCAAGAAGUUUGCUCAGUACUGCGACCGCGACAGUGAUGGUGGCAUAACCUUGAGCGAACUCCGUGCCUGUCUGGGGGUGUGAGGUGGGUUUGGGAGGUCGAGCUGUUAGUUGUGUUUUCCGGGUCUCGGGAAAAACACUUCAGGAGAAGCGAAUAUGGGUUAACAUUGAUUUGUUUGGUUUGUUACCACUUUGAGCAGAGGGGCUUUAGUUGUUAGAUUACAUCUUAUGUGUAUGUUUCCUUAGACCAAUUUGAUAAUAAGACCCAGCUCCUGUUAGGAAAACUGACCAGGGAUGGAAGAGGAGGGUUGGUUUAUCAGGAUUGGUGCGUGGUGUGUUUUACUUGCUGUAGAAUAUAAUCUCUCCAUACUCUGCUUUACAAAUCCCCUUUGAAUUAAUGCCUGAGAUGAGGGAGGUGGAGGUUAAGCCAUUCACCGUCAGGGAAUCCAUCCACAUAAAAAGACCUAGCAUUGGAGAAAGAGUUGAAAGAUAAAGAGGAGAAAAAGAAAGACAGACAAAGAGGGGGCAGUGAGUGAACAACAGUUUCUAGUCUUCUUUCAUAUUAGGCCACAUUGUCCAUGUGCUCUAUCAUGUAUUAAAUGACAAAGUCAGUGAGGAUCACCAUCAAGGUAGUUCAUACAUUCAGAAGGACUUUCAGCACAUAACAUGUGAAGUCCGGGAUGAGAUGUGGUGUGACCGGUACCAGAAGAUCUGUCCUCACCCCAGUGUAAAGACCUGUCAGUAACGUGCCUGAGCACAUACUCCACACCAGCUCCAGAUGGGUCUCUAUGUUUGGGUUUCUCUCUCCCCCAUCUCUCUCUCUCUCUCUCUCUCUGUUCCACAUUUGAGAUGGGGAGAGAGGAAGAAUGAGGAAAGAAAGAGGCUCUUUUUCCUGCACCGUGCUGAUGCCAGCUCACCAGGGACGGCUGUUUUUGGCUCGGUGUCAGGCACAUGUUAAAGUCUGCUGAGUACAUUAAGAAACCAAAACAAACAGUGUACCAAAAUGGCUACCCUGUUAGCUACCAAUACAACCCCGCCCGUAAACUCCAAUUACUCAGUCUAGCUAAGGUGUAGUGACAGUUAUAAGGGAGAAGGUGAUAUAUGUUGUAAACAGGCUUUUAUUUAAUACACUUAUCCAUCCCCCAGAGUCUCCUAGUGACAGUAAUAUGAAUAAUGAGAAAGGCCACCAAUGAAACUGAAACUGAACAGAAGCCCAAAAGGAACUGAAUUAAAUUACAGAAGAUGGUAAUUUAUUAAAUCUCUAUUUCUCUCUCUCCUCCACUUACCUCUCCUCUUAGAUCCUGUCCAGAUUAUUUAGGAUCUAGAUUCCAAAAGGAUUAACUAAUUCUAGAUCAACUGUUCUAUUCCGAGACGCUUUCUGAAUACAAGUCACAAAGUCUUGAUUUCUGCUCUUCUCCUGCCACCUCGUCAUUGGAUCAUCCUAUUGGAUCGUCCUAUUCUAAUGCGCAGCCACCAGACCUCAGCUGCAGGCCAUAGCAGAAUAUAAACUACACAGAAUAUAGAAUACAGCCUCUGCUUUGUUUCAAUGUCUUCUAACCCUGUUGUGUUAUGUUGUCUGUUCUCAUAAUACCAUCGUAUGCAUGUUUAUCAGUCAUGGUUUUCUACUUUAAAACCCACAAUAUUAACUAAUUGUAUUUUAAUUUUUUUUAUACCGGCUUGAACAUUUUUUGACAAUAAAUUGUAAGGUAUCAUAAAUCAUUGGUAAUACUGUACAAUAUUCUGUCUGUACUGAAGAAAUCUUGGAUCAAAGACCAUGUUUUCAGCCUUCAGAUAUACAGACAAUAUGGAUCACUCUGAAUGGCAAACCUAUGUCUUAAUCAAGUUAUGGCUUUCGUGAAGUGGUGCUCUGGAAAUUAGAAGGGACACCUCCAUACUGCAAGGCAUUAUGGUCAGUGGUCAGUCUGUUGUGUUACUUGAUCAUUUUAAUACUUAGGCACAUUUGGUAUAUGGCUUUACUCUGCCAGUUACCCUCCAGGUAGAGUGAUGUGUGCUAAAUUCUUUAUGAAGAAUAUGAUUAAACACGGAAUACACAACUUUUUGGUGUUUAGUUCGAGCCUUCUCUGUGAUUGAUGGACAAGAUGACAUGAAAAAUGACAGCAAAAAAAUUAAAUAAUCUACA